AUGCAGCUGGGGAGGAGAAAACUAGUAAAUGCGAAGGGNNNNUUGCCUCCUAUUAUCAAUUCUGAUUUCUCUAAGAUCACUCUGGACACUCAUGACGUGUUCAUCGAGUGUACUUGUACUGACCUCACUAAGGGAAAGACGGCUGUUAACAUGCUGGUGACAGCUUUUUCGCAGUACUCAGCAAAGCCUUUCACCAUCGAGCCCGUACCAGUGACUUACUCGCCGGCCCACGCCUCGAGAUGGGCGGGCCGUACUAUGGUUACCCCUGACCUUACCUCGCGGGUUAUCGAGGUCUCGGGGUUGAGGCUACGCAAGGCGCUAGCGAUCGAGGAUAAGAUUGGUGAUAAGCAAGUGGCAAGUGACCUUACGAGAAUGUUCUUACCGUCGAAGGUGGUGGAUGCCGCGAAGAACACUAUAGAAGUUACUGUACCAGUGACUAGGAGUGAUGUUAUGCACGAAUGUGACCUCAUCGAGGAUCUUGCUAUCUCUUAUGGUUAUAAUAAUCUCGAGGCUACCGUCCCUCUGACUGUUACCUUUCCGAAGGAGCAGCCGAUCAAUAGACUAUCUGAUAUGAUGAGGUCGGAGUGUGCUAUGGCUGGCUUCUGCGAGUGUCUUACGUGGGUGCUCCUGAACACUAAGGAGAACUACGAUUAUCUUAGAAGAGAUGUGAAUCUCGAGCUGACUGGCAAGGAGCCUAUUCCUAGGGUCUUCCAAAAGCACCCUCCUACUGGCGGUAAGAGCCCCAAGUCUAAGCUUGCUGCUCAUGAUGCUGCAUCCCAAUACUACUCAUACGAGCUCAAUCCGGUUCCUGUGCAACUGUCAAACCCUAAGACGAAGGAUUUCGAGAUCUGCCGUACUAGUCUGAUUCCUUGCCUCCUCAAGGUCCUUCAGUCCAACAAGCAUAAUCCUCCUCCGAUCAAGCUAUUCGAGGUUUCGGAUGUGGUAGUUCAAUCGUCUCUUGCUGAGACCGGCGCCCGAAAUGAGCGGAGAUUGGCGGCACUUAUAGCGGGCACGAAUAGUGGCUUUGAGACUAUCCAUGGUUUAUUAAACCAAAUUAUGUGGUCACUCAACCUUGCAGCUGAUUUCGAGGAGAACGUCAAUAAGAGGGUCCAGAGGCGUUACCAUCUGGAGGAGAUCGAUGAUGCGGCUAUGUUCCCUGGCCGACAGGCUAAGGUCAUGGUUGGCGAUGUCUGCAUAGGCAUCCUCGGUGUGCUGCAUCCUGAGGUUCUCGAAAACUUCGAUAUGAGCUUCCCAGCUUCGGUCCUCGAGAUUACCCUGGAGCCUUUCUUAGAGUGGUUGAGGGAGUAAGAGCUUAAGAC